CUCCGGCCGGCCGGGGAUGAUUAGAUCCGCGGGUGUCACCUGGAGCAGGUGCAGAGCGGAGGAUGCGGGGCCCGGGGCGGACGGUGCGUGUGGAGCGCGGCCAGAGGAGGGAGGAGGUGUGUGUGCUGGGGACCUACCUGUACCUGGAUGUCAACGGGGGGUCUCCACCGGGGUGUAAGUGGUUCAGCCUCCGCCACUCCCCCAAUAUAGAGCUCGAAGUCUUGAACAGCGACGCCUCCCAACAGAAGGUGAUCAAUGGGGAGAAACUAUGGCCGCUGUCCAAGAAGACAAUGGUGGAGUUCAAGAUAACGGUACCGAGCACCGAUACCAACGAUGGCAAGAUCACUUUCGCUUACUUUGGGAAGGGGUCGGACGCUCCUGUGGAUAAAGCUGGGAUCUAUCUGACCGGGAUCGAGAUGUCCCUGGAUGUUGAUGCAGAUCGGGACGGAACAGUAGAAAGAAACAAUCCACACAAGGCUUCGUGGACCUGGGGCCCGGAGGGUCACGGCGCCGUCCUGCUGGUGAACUGUGAUAAGGACAGUCUGUUCUCUCGCACGGUGGAUGGAGAAGAUAACAUUGUUCUGUCUAAGGCAGAUCUGCUGGACAUGUCCAAGAUGUUUCUCCGGAUAAAAGGGCCCGAGAGGCUGCCGGCCGGAUACAACCUGAUGCUGCACAUCUCCGCCACAGACUCCCCCAACCUGGGGGUCUUCUAUCUGCACGAGAAGAGGCACACGCACAUCCUGGGCAGAGAGCGGCUCUUCUACCGGACGCGGUACAGGGGGAGCAGUGAGAUGGAGUUCUAUGUGGAGGGACUCCGCUUCCCGGAUGAGGGGUUUAACGGACUGGUGACCAUCAAGGCCAGUCUGCUGGAGACGCAAGUGGAGGGAAUCCCGGAGACCCCCAUAUUCACAGACGUGGUGACGUUCCGUGUGGCCCCCCUCAUUGUUACCCCCAACACCCUGGAGCCCAUCGAGGUCUAUGUCUGCAGUGUGAAGGACAAUUUACUCUUCCUGAGGUCGAUCCAGAACCUGGUGAAGGAAGCGAAUUACAAGAUCCAGAUCUGCUUCGAGAACGUGAAUAGAGGAGAUCGCUGGAUGCAGGAUGAGAUGGAGUUCGGAUACAUUGAGGCCCCACAUAAAAGCUUCCCUGUUGUGCUGGAUUCACCCCGAGAUGGAGAACUGAAGGAUUUUCCUGUGCGGCAAUUGCUGGGACCAGAUUUUGGCUAUGUAACAAAACAUGCGGCCUCCUCGGAGGUCACCAGCCUGGACUCUUUUGGAAACCUAGAAGUGAGCCCCCCGGUGACUGUAGGAGGCAAGAAGUACCCCCUGGGCCGGAUCCUGAUCGGGAGCAGUUUCCCUACCUCAUCUGGCAGAAGAAUGACCAAAGUCGUGCGGGAUUUCCUGUAUGCCCAGAGGGUGCAGGCGCCCAUUGAGCUGUUCACUGAUUGGCUGUACGUGGGUCACGUGGACGAAUUCAUGACCUUUGUGCCAGCGCCGGAUCAGAAGGGCUUCCGUCUGCUCCUGGCCAGUCCGGCCACCUGCUUCAGAAUCCUACAGGACAAGAAGCAAGAGGGUCAUGGAGACGUGGCCAUGCUCCAGGGAUUUGAAACCAAGCGAUGGACGGUGAACAAGGUCCUCUCCACGGACACCAUCAUACAGGAGAACAACUACGUGCAGCACUGCAUUGACUGGAACCGGGAUAUUUUAAAGGCAGAACUUGGCCUGAGGGAGGAGGACAUCAUUGAUCUACCCGCCUUGUUCAAACUGCGGCAAGACCAAGCCGUGGCCUUCUUCCCCAACAUGGUUAAUAUGAUCGUCCUGGGCAAAGAUCUGGGAAUUCCCAAACCUUACGGGCCGGUACUGAAGGAGACCUGCUGCCUGGAGGAUUACGUCAUCGACCAGCUCAGGCCCCUAAAUCUGCGCUGCACCUUCAUCGACGACGUGGUGUCCUAUCACAAGCAGCUAGGCGAGGUGCACUGCGGCACCAACGUCCGCCGGAAGCCAUUCACCUUCAAGUGGUGGCAGAUGGAGAAGCCUUAGUAACCGGAUCCGGCCUGGACCCUCCUCAUCCUCCCGGCAUCGGACGACUUAGUUUUACGUUAUUGAGGCUGUUCCCUUUUGGUGAUUGCCGUUUCUUUGGUUGGGUCAGAGUCACAUAACAGAAGUAUAAACCAUUACACCAGAUGCCGAUCAUAAAUGAAAACUAAGCGUCUGCGCCUCCUGAUACAAUGCGACUCACUUCUUACAAGUUAUUACAGACCGUGGUGCAGGUCACAUGACCUUCCUGACCGAAUUCAUAUACAGUCUAAGGACAGGGGUGAUUGCUGAAUACUGACCACCCGAGGAUGAUGGGAGUGAUGGGCCCAGCUAUCACUGAUGACCACAGAUCUUUCCUAUAUACUCCUGGAUUUUCAGUUUUUUUAGUGUCUUUUACCUGUGGUGUUGGGACUCACAGCAUUGCCUGGACUGGUAUGCGACGAUCAAAGUGCAACUCUGGAGCUGGCUGUGCGCAACUAUGGCGUUCAAUCUACGGAUAUUGAGGAAGCCUCAUGCUUCAACCUAAUGAAGGGGAGAGGGGGAGGGGCUUCAACCUUAUGGGCGAUUCCCCUACCAACUGGGUGGCUACAGGGGGAAUUCCCUCGCUACUGGCAACUGUAUCCUUUAAGGGGAGGAUGCCCUACCUACUGCCAUCUUUAACCCCUGGGGACUUCAACCUUAUGGGGGGAUUCCCUACCUAGUGGGGGCUUCAACCUAAUCUGGCAAAUUCCCUACCUAAUAGGGGGGAUUCCCUACCUACCGGGGGCUUCAUCUUCAUAGGGGGGGAUUCCCUACCAACUGGGUUGCAGGUCUAUGGGACUUCCGCCAAAUCCAUAUUUUGAAGAACGCCGUAGUCUCAUGAGGCGCCACAAAUCCCGCCACCAGCGCCAUUACUGGAGUUGCACUUUAUCUUUUUUUUAUUUUUUUCACUAAUAUUCCAUAAAGUUUUCACUUUCUGAUGUGUUUUCUGUCGAUUCUCCUCGCCACCUCCCAUUCACCAGACCCCCCCAGGGCGGGACCAUUCACCCAGCUUUGCCGUAAAUCAAGAAUCUUUAGUUAGAGUUAUCAAUACGUAAUUAUUUCCCAUGUCAUUGUGUCACGCACGUAAGGAUAGAAGGACGGGAGCGCCAUAUUUACGGAUGCACAGCGCCACUUUGUAAGACGAAUGUUUGUAACUAUGCAAAAACAUUUACUUGGCCUUUACCUAGAAGACAGUGUUUCUCAACCAGGGUGCCUCCAGCUGUUGCAAAGCUACAACUCCCAGCAUUGGGAGCAUGCUGGGAGUUGUAGUUUUGCAACAGCUGGAGGAUCCCUGGUUGGGAAACGCUGCUGUAAGACAUCGCUAUCAUUACAUAGAGUUGAUUUCAUGACCCUUAUACCUCCAUCCUGUGUUAUUACUAACCACGAUAAUAAAAUCGGUGAAA